AUGACAGAAUUUAUAUUUAAGUGAACUAUUCCUUUAAAUGGGUUAGAAAAGCACUGCAAAGUUCAGUUAAUUCUAUUUAAUUUUAAAUCAAUUAAGUGUCUUUUUCAAACUGUUAUCAAGCUAAAAACAAAUGUUUUAAAGUGCAAAUGUAUGAAAAGUUGUCUAAUGUUGUCCCUAUGCACUCCAGCUAUGUCACUGAACCGUCUCCAGACACACAGUAACGCAGCAGUCACUCAGCUGGGCUCCAUGCUCUUCACCAGACAGGUGUCUGGGGCCAGGGUGGUCCCACUGGGUGUGGAACAGAACGUGAGUGGACACACGUUCAAUGGCUUCAUGUCACACACGGAUUCCUAUCCGUGCCCGUACCUUAAUGCAGCCUCCGCUAUUGGAAUAACCAAAGAAGACAUAACAUUGUGCAUCAAGAGACUCGAAAAAUGCCUCAAGAGCCUUAGCAAAGAAGACUCUGCAGAGAAGAGCGAGUCAGUAUCUCCUGCUGAAGAUUUGAAAGACCAAACCGUCCCUUAAUGCUCCGGUUGUUUAAAUAUGAUUCAUAUUUUCACAACUUGAUAUUGUGGCAAGCCUUGUGUGUGUGAAUGUUGAUAUAGCACCGUAUGGCCACAAAUGCAUCUGUUUGUUUUCUCUCUGUGUUGAGACUUCUGUUUGAAAGCUGUGUAUCCUGACUGACAAUAAAUACAGAUUAUGUCACCAUUUUAAA